AUGACUGAUCAGAAGAAAAAGCCCAAGGCAGUGAUAGUGGGAGGGAGCAUAGCAGGGGUAUCAUGCGCACACACGCUCAUAUUAGCUGGGUGGGAUGUUGUGGUGGUAGAGAAAUCAUUUGCAGCCCCAACUGGAAGCCCAACUGGGGCAGGACUCGGCCUUGACCCUCUGGCUCUAACACUCAUUCAGUCAUGGAUCAAAGAGCCUGAGCUUCUCAACAAGGCCACUCUACCCCUCACAAUUGAUCAGAAUGAUGCAAUAGAUGGUGAGAAAAAGGUAAAAUGGACAUUAACUAGAGAUGAGGACUUCAACUGUAGAGCAGCACAUUGGGCUGACCUACAUGCCCUUCUGUACAAUGCUCUACCACCAAACUUGUUUCUCUGGGGUCACCAUUUCCUAUCUUUCACUGUUUCUAGUGACAAGGGUUCAGUUAAAGUGAAGGCCACAGCUCAUCAAACGAAUGAGAUCUUCGAAAUCGUAGGCGAUUUGCUUGUUGCAGCAGAUGGGUGCCUCUCCUCUAUCCGCCAAAGUUUUGUCCCUGACCAUAAACUGAGGUAUUCAGGUUAUUGUGCAUGGAGAGGCGUUCUUGAUUUUUCAGGAAAUGAGAAUUCAGAAACUAUAAUCGGCAUCCGGAAGGCAUACCCUGAACUUGGGAAAUGCUUGUACUUUGGCUUAGGUUCUGGAAGUCACACUGUGCUAUAUGAGCUUCUGAACCAGAGGCUCAAUUGGAUUUGGUAUGUCCACCAGCCAGAACCUGAUCUGAAGCGUAACUCGAUGACCACGAAAGCAGGCAGUUACGUGAUCAAGAAUAUGCACAAAGAAGCAGAGAAGGUGUGGCUUCCAGAGUUUUUUGGAGAUGCGGCUCAUCCCACAACUCCUCAUGCCGUAAGAAGCACGAACAUGUCGGUAUUAGAUGCUGCAGUGCUAGGCCAAUGCCUGAAGAAGUGGGGAGCAGAAAAUUUGCAAUCAGCUCUUGAAGAAUAUCAGUCGAUUCGGCUACCAGUUGUAUCCAAACAAGUCUUGCACUCAAGGCGAAUGGGUCGGAUUAAACAAGGCCUGGUUCUUCCUGAUCGACCGUCUUUCGACCCCAAGACUGCUAAUUCAGAGGAAUGCCAAGAGCUUCAACAGAGACUCAUGCCCUUUUUCAGUGAUGUUCCUGCCAUACUACUUUGA